UGUUAUUGGAGUAUUCGACUACAUGAGCCAUACGACGUUGACGAUAGGGGCUUUAGUAGUUAAGCUUGGCGUUGACGAUGCCACGGUGGCGGCCGGCGACAAAAGGACUUGAAAAAUGAGAGCUCAUUUGGCCGUGUUGUCUUCAAGCUUUUCUCCCCCACGCUCUUCUGCCUCCGUAAGAUACACGCCCUUCCUGCUGCAACGCCAUCGACCUUUCUUACUCCAUAAGGGCGCGACUAUUUACAGCAACACCCUCCCACUCUCUAAAUUCCACCACCCUUCACGUACAACCACUGCUUCAGCUUCAAUCAUGGCCGCUUCGCUUCCACCCGGACAGGCUAGGGUUCCUCCAGCUAUCAAGUUACCCGUCCCUCCCGUCACUAAGUUUAAGAUUGGUCUUUGCCAAUUGUCUGUGACGGCGGAUAAGGAAGUAAACAUUGUUCAUGCUAGAACUGCAAUUGAAGAGGCUGCGGAGAAGGGAGCCAAGCUCAUUGUUUUGCCUGAAAUAUGGAACAGUCCAUAUUCAAAUGAUAGCUUCCCAGUUUAUGCUGAAGACAUUGAUGCUGGUCCAGAUGCAUCUCCUUCAACUGCCAUGCUUUCUGAAGUUGCUCGUCUUCUAAAGGUCACAAUUGUCGGCGGUUCAAUACCAGAACGAAGUGCAGAUAAGCUGUACAACACCUGCUGUAUCUUUGAUAGUCAGGGAAAUUUGAAAGCAAAGCACAGAAAGAUACAUCUUUUUGAUAUCGAUAUUCCUGGGAAAAUAACUUUUAUGGAAUCCAAGACUCUCACAGCUGGGAAAACUCCUACAAUUGUGGAUACAGAGGUUGGACGAAUUGGUAUAGGCAUUUGUUAUGAUAUUCGAUUUCAGGAGCUAGCUAUGCUAUAUGCAUCAAGAGGCGUUCACUUGAUCUGCUAUCCCGGUGCCUUUAACAUGACUACUGGACCACUCCACUGGGAAUUACUACAGAGGGCAAGGGCUGCAGAUAAUCAGCUUUAUGUAGCAACAUGUUCCCCUGCUCGAGAUGCUGGCACCGGAUAUGUGGCUUGGGGGCAUUCCACACUUGUUGGACCAUUUGGGGAAAUAGUAGCUACCACUGAGCAUGAAGAGGCCAUUUUAAUAUCGGAGAUAGAUUAUUCACAAAUUGAACUUAGGAGGACAAAUCUGCCAUUGGAGAAGCAAAGGCGCGGUGAUCUUUACCAGUUAGUGGAUGUCCAGAGAUUGGAUUGUCAGUGAAAUAUUGUCGCUAUAAUUAUCAGUUACACAAAAUCUAGCGAUGGAGUAGAUAGUAAUAAUCCAUUGGACAACUGUAUUUUCUGCUUGAAGAAGAAAUAUUGCGAAUUCUUGUGCACGACACAGCAUUUCUUGAAAGAUACUGGCAAGUGAUAAACUCCCGCCUGUGCUGCCUUUUGAGACUGCAAUCACUGAAUAAGAGAAUAUAAGAGAAUUGCCCUAUUUGUUCCG